AAGUUGUGUGUGGUGUAUGAUCUUUGAUUGAUGGUAGAUUUUCCAGGUUUUUAGGAAAAAAUUAUCUCCUCCAACAUGAAGGUGAUUUGGGGGCUGUUAGCCCUGGGAUUGCUGGGUGUAUUUACGAGAGCGAAGCCUUCACAUCGGCAUUCACUUUUCGAUGACUCUGAGAGAACACUUAUUAGAGUUACUCGAUCCGACCUCGAUGAUGAGGAACCUAAGGUUGAGCAUCACAAGAAAAUCGAGAAGAAACGCUCAACAGAGGAGCAUUUAAAGAGAUCUCGAAGAGCACAACAGGAAGACGAGUUUUUCCAAGCGCUCCUUUCCCGUUCUGCUAAAACAAAGAAUGAGCAAAAACGGUCUUUCGAGGAUAAUGGCUCCCAGAGCAAAGGGUUUAUCAUUCGGGACGAUUGGAAGGGUGAUUCCAAGAUAUCAGACGCCGACAGGACAGAGCUGGAGAAUCUAUUCAGUGCUAUCAAUGCUCCAGCAGAGAAGACUGAAGAAAAGAGAAGCAGUCAUGAUGGCAAAAUGUAUGAUUUCACACAGUGGCUUGUUAGUCAAUCCAGCGCCAUAUUUACCAAGUCUCUUAAGCACAUCGUAGAUGUCGAGCGGUCGCUUUCCAAGAUGAUCUACAAUGAUGACAUCAUAAAGAAAUUGAAAGCACGCAAAGUCCAACUAUUAGCAGAUGGAAUAACCAAGAAUGAAACCAAAUCCAAGGAAGUAUCUCUAGCUGAUCAAGCUUUAUCKGAUGAAAAGGCGCGCAAAAAGUUCUGCAAGACAAAAUGCUACGACAUCAAUGUUUCUGGUAUAAACUGCCGUAUCAUUUGUCAUCCUCCCCAUAUCGACACCACCAAUGGUCUCCAAAUGCAGCAGCUUCCCUAUGCGCCGCCUUGCRCUAACCCUAACUGUGGAGUGGGGGUCGGACAAACACCRUGUGCCCCACAAGGGUGCACACCUGGGUACCCACAGCAGAUGACUGGGUAUCCACAGACAUAUAACCCCUAUGGAGKUGUCGUUCCACCCACCACGGUCUACAGUCCUAACCGAGGGUAUGGACACUUCCACCAGCACGCAAAGCAUCAUCCAAARGCGGCCAAGGGAAAGAAGGGAAAGAAAGAAAAGGAUAAGAGUAAGGAUAAGAAAGCUAAAAAAGGCAAGAAGGGAUCGAAAGCACAGGACAAACACCCUGUUCUCGAAAAGCAGCAUGACGACUCAAACUCAACCGACUCCUCCUCAAGCAGCAGCUCAGAAGACAAAAAGAAGAAGAAAAAGAAGUUGCAAAAAUUGCCAGAAAUUCCAGACACAGAAGACAUUGACAGCGAGUACGAAUAUGAGGGACCUGGRGCYGAAAAUGAGCUWGAAUACGAGCAUCCUCAUUGGCUUCAUCAUAAGUCGGACCAUAGAAAGGGUGCUUUCGGACAAGGUGAAGGAAUGGGAGGAGGAAGYGUCGGAGGAGGCGGCGGUGGUGGAGGAGGGCUGAAGGCUAAGUACGGCCCUGUAACCCUCAACACAUUAGGAGCAACUGUUCAUAUAACACCCAUGAGCUUCAGUUCUCCCGGUGGUCCCUCAAUGCCUCCAGCAGGUAUCCAAAUUGGACCCCCUAACCCCAGUAUGGUGAAUAACCCUAUGAUUCCACAACAACCAUACUACAGUCCUAUGCAGAAUCCSUAUGGUGUUCAACCUCUUCCUGCCAACCAGGAUGAGUCGACUCAAGCUAAUGUCGUCGAGGAUGCUGCAGCUCGUUCGUUCCAACCUAUGCCUAAGGAUUGUGAGGAUUACACUCAUAAGAAAUGCCAAGUUUUCCUGGACUGGCCUACCGAUGAGAACAAUGAGAUCAAGGCUUCGUUGAGAUUCAAACAGAACUGGCACCCAGACUAUCGUAARAAGGASUCAACCAAAUACAAGAUCUUCAAGGAAGAGAUUGAAAAAGCUUUCCGUGAUGCUUACACUCAAAAUCCUAACUUCUUGGGAGUUAACGUCACAAGCUUUAGUGAAGAAGACAUGAAGACAGCUGCAAACUUUGUUCUGAAGUUUUACCAACCAGAAAACGGAGCUCUACGAUUGCUGUCCAACGCCAUCUCCAACAACUACGUGAUGUCCAUGCCAGUCUACAAAGACACUUUACUCAGAGAUGGACUAAAGCACCUUCGCCGUAAUUUUGUCUCAAGACAGAAAGAGGUUGAUAAGCUCCCAUCUAAACCUGCAGAGAAGCCAGAAAAGAGAAAAAAGACUAGUAGCUUACUGGAUUCAGAAUCAAAAGCUUACCAGGGCUGCUUCAAGGACAAAAUGCCCGAACGCGAUCUUCCAGUAAGAUUUUCCAAGUUUCAAAUGACUCCAGAAUGGUGUGUUGGUCGCUGCAAGUUGGCUGGUUACAAGUUUGCAGGUGUCCAGUACGCGUAUCUGUGUUUCUGUGGCAACAAGUUUGGUAGAUAUGGAAAGGUUGAGGAUAAAGAAUGCAGUAGUCAUUGUUAUGGUGACCGUAACCGAUUCUGUGGGUCUUUCUGGCACAACUCUGUGUAUUCCAUUGAUGGGCAAAAACACGAUGUAGCUGAAUUUGCCCACUCAAAGGAUGAUGGUGAUGAUGAUAAAGAUGAAGGGUCAGCCAAUGAUAACCCUGACAAGAAAGCCGCUGACAAAGAACAUGCUGAAGUAGCCACAAAUCUAAUGAAAGCUGCUGAAGCUGCUCUCAAAGCUGCCAAGAAACUAUUACCACAGGGUAAGAAAGAAAGAAGAGACGCAGAAUCAGAGCUCGAGCAGGAGAAAGCAACAGCACUUUCAGCACUUGGAGCCGCACAAAGCGUGAUGGACAACAGCGAGAGGCAGCGAAAGAUUGAAAAACGUGACGCCGACUUGCAUGAAGGGCGUGACUUGCUCGUCUCGUAUCUAGGCAACGUCGGUGGCUAUGACAGACAGUAUCGUAGUGUGGACAGCCAGGAAGAAGGAGAAGCAGAUGCUCCUAAGUUUGAAUACAAACGUAUGCUGAUUGACGAGUCUGGUGAUGGAGAAUUUGUCGAGAAAGAUGGCGGUGAAGAGGAGAAGAAGAAACACAAACGCUCCGUCUCUCAUGAUGUAUCUAAGAGAAGGAGAAGAAGGUCGGUGAAAACUGAAGACGAACCAGUUAAAGCCGUCGAAGAUAAACCAAAGAAAGUUCACAAACCAAGACCACAACCCGCAGUAGUCAAAAAGGCUCAUGAUAAAGCAGAAAAGAAAGAAAUUAAAAAAACCAAACCAACAGCUGAUAAGCCAAAGCCAAAGAUUGCUACCGCCAAAAAGGUCGAAAAGAAACCUGUUGCAGAUAAAGUAGAGAAGAAAGAAUCAAAGAAAGAAAAACGAUCUGUAAAACCAGAAGAAAAAGUGCUCCACAGAUCAAGACGCGAGCUGGUCGAAGAAGAAGAGGAACCAAAAACAAAGCGCGAUAUCUGGCUUGACGACAACAAAACUUCUCAAAUGCAGAGCGAUAUUAAUAAUGGUAUUGAAUCUUCUCUGGAAAUACUAUUGGACGUCUUUAAGGGUAGAAAAACCCUUGAAAACUUCAGAGAAUCAAUACUGAAACUGAAAGAAGACGUCGCUUCCACGUUGUCUGUAUCAAAGUACCAGAGAUCAGAGGUGAAGGCGAAAAUACGAUCAAUCAUCGACAAGGAACUACCAAAGAGAACAACUGCGUUCUUUAAAAAGCUCCGAGACACRAUAGGAGAUUACGCWGUYUCKCAUGCYGCUGUAGCACCACAAGCUGCUGAGGCUGAAAAAGCCAUUUUAGAUCUUCCUGUCUUGGACACAGUUGCCAAGAAGGCAAAGUCAACCAUCCAAAAACGUAGCGCCGAGUUGGCCGAGGAAAUCAAAAAGGCCACCUUAGACAAUCUCCCAAGUAUUCUAAAAGAACAUUUUAAAAGAAAUUCCGAAGACGACACCAAGCGAAGAAAGCGUUCUUCGGAGAAGCAGUGAAAUCCGUUUAUACGUAUAUAGCCUGACCAGGCAUAGUUGCUAGAUUCCAUACGACUACUUUUAUAAGUACGAUAAUUCAUGAUUCGUUGCAUGGAUACUACGAUUAUUGCGCGACUAGCGAUACUGCCGUCGUGGAAACUGUUUCCAUGGAGACUUGAUUUCCAUGGAAAUGAUCACCAACGACGCGGUUUUCGUGGAUAGGUUAAGUCAUGAAAAUWGUUUCCAUGGAGAUGUUAGUGGUUUCCAUGGAGACCGUUACCAUAGACACAGCUGUCAUGAAUAGGCUAAGGUAGUUUGCACGCCAUUUGAUUGGACGGAACUAGUUUUAGGUGUAACAUAAUUAUUAUCACAUAUGGUGUGCAAUGGUUGCUAAGGGAACAUUUACAUAUCCUUUUUUCCACAUUCUUGCGUUGCUAUAGUAACCAUGAUUGUUAAAGUGUACAGUUACUUUAGAAUCGUAUCCAUGGAAACUAAAGGGUAACUAUGACAAGGUAUCAGUCUUCUCGCUUGUAACAUUUUAUUGCGGUUAGUGACGUAUGCAUCUUAGUAUAGAAUCAUUUUCGACAACUAGGAGACUUAUUCCGGGUCUUAGCCGAUUUUGAUCAUGUAAUGAUUGACGCUUGGCUCAACCAAUCAUGUUGCAGCUUUAGCAUCCAUCAUUAUUCGUUCAGUUUCAUCCUAGUGAAAUAUUGUACAGAAUAACGAUAAGUGACGUUAUCACUUUCGCUACAUACCAGUCAAAUCACGUGGUGCAGUCAGGGACAUGGCGAUCACGUAACCCGUCACGUGACAUUAGUACAUUUURUUUUGAAUAGAUCCAAUGUUGAUCACCUCACUUGUAUGAUAUUCGACUUCUUUAUGAGAACUAAUAAAAUACACAAUGCAUAACAACUGA